AAUUUUAUAGUCGUGUCGGGCGGAUACACAAGCAGUCUCCGUUCGCCGAUGGCGCCGCUUCCAUGUCGAUUUGGAGAGGAGGCUUGUUAGUCGCACAUUCUCCCGCCCCAUGAAAAAAUCGUUGGCGCAGAAUGGAGAAACACAGUCUCGUCGAUGUGUUGGUUGAGCCCAACACUCUAGCACCUCUCCAGACGACCAUCGAUGGGAAUUCAUCGAAUUCGACUCGGCAUGCCGCGCACGUCAGAGUCAAAGCACUCACUCUCAACCUUUGGGGCAUCGUUGGAUUAUCCAAGCACCGUCGAGAGCGUUUCGAUGCUUUGGCGGAGCUCCUUCUGACCUCCGAAUCCGACAUCGAUUAUGUCUUCCUUCAAGAGGUGUGGAGCGAAGCUGAUUUCCAACGUCUCACCGAGCUGGUAGAACCGACGUUUCGGUACGGCCAUUACUUCCACUCGGGUGUGAUCGGCUCCGGAGUUUGUCUUCUCUCGAAAUGGCCAAUCAUCGAUAUUUUCUCCUACAAGUACAAUCUCAACGGCUACGCUCACAAGUUCCACCACGGUGACUGGUUCGGAGGAAAAGUUGUCGGCAUGGCGAAGGUGCAGCAUCACGACAUGAUAGCCAAUCUCUACGUUACUCACCUCCACGCGGAAUACGACCGGUUGAAAGACGCGUAUUUAUACCAUAGGGUGUGCCAAGCUUUCGAAUUCUCGCAGUUCGUUUCGCACACGUCUCUCGGUAGCUGUGAUUAUACGAUUGUCGCCGGAGAUUUCAACACGCAGCCGGAGGAUCUGCCCUACCAAGUGAUAUUGUACAACUCCAGGCUCCGGGACGCGUUCAAAGAGAAAGAAUCUUGUUGCUUAGAACAAGCGAUUGCCGCGACCUGCGGACAUCCGGGAAACACUUUCACCACCCGAGGCGAUCGUAAAAGCUCUCCGGAAGGACAGAGGAUCGAUUAUAUUUUGUACGGGACCGGAAGCGGGCGAGUCAGUAUACAGUGCGAGAAGUACCUCUGCCCGGGCUGGAAGACCAAGGCCGGUAUUUCGAUAUCGGACCACGAACCGGUCAUCGCUGUCCUCAAUAUCAAGCAAAACUCCCAUCCCGCCUACGGGGACGACCCUGUGGGCUUCGUGAAUUAUUUCAACGACGAGAACCUCAAGUGCCGCAUCGAUUGUCUGCAGGCGAGCGUGAAACUGAUGGACGAGACUCUGGCCUCACUUAGAUUCAACCGAAUCUUCUUUUUGAGUGUGGCGGGCCUCCUGCUCAUCCUGUUGCUCAGUUCUAUACCGAUAGACCUCUACGUUCAAGGAACUUAUAUCGUUCUGCUGCACCUGGCCCGUAUCUUCCUGAGUUUACUCCUAGGCUUUUGUUUCCUGAUGGGAUUCCUGUGGAAUGCAAUGGAGCGAUCGUCGAUUUUAUCCGCUAGACAGGCCAUUGAUACGAUUUUGAAAUUUUUACAACAUAAAGAGGAGCUCCUGGAUGAGAUUCCGAAAGAGAAAUUACCGGUCUGACGGAACGAAGCUCAGGCAGGAGGCGUUUCGAAGAGGAAGGGGAGACAACACGGGAAGAAGAAGCGUUCGGCGCAGAAAUAGCCUGAAUCCCCUCCUCUCCAAUUCCGAGGAUCGAAAAAAGGUCAGUAGUUUCACCUAAUUCCCAAAGGCGAAAGAAUCGAUCAUCUUUUCCGCAGUAUGCCUUCUUGUCUGAGCUGCUCCCGAUAGCCGCUGGAGUUCCUUGAGGCGCUCCGAGAAAUUCAACUCACAGAUGUCCACGUGGGAGACACUCGAAUCUCACGCAAUCAGCGUGUCCUCGCCGUGAGAUCAAAUUUCUGGUUGUCGCGGGAGAAUUCACUCUCGAAAGCUCACUCAGCGACAAACUGUUCGAAUCGCGGGUUUCAUUCAGAGCUUGACUCGAGAUAUUUUGCAAACUGAAGAGCCGAAGAGAAGCUCUGCUCCGUAUUUAGGAAACUCGGAAGGAUGUUUUAUUUGUACUUAUGGUACGUGCCAUGGAACAUACCUCAUGCUCAAUUCUCAGCAAACGGAGCUUUAUAUAGAACUGCGAUAUUCCGUCGUAGGGAAUCCGAGCAUCUUUGUAAAUAAAAAUGGACA